UUCUUAAUCUUGCAUGAGGAAACCUCCCAAAAAGCAUUAUCCACAUCCAUCCAACAGGCAUCAGGUGUCUGCUUACUCCUAACCACUUUGUCAGCACCAAAUCUAGAGCCAAAAGCAUCCCCUCCACUUUUCUAGCUACAGCUGCUGCUUUUCCUUGAUUUCAGGUUCAGUUAUGGGUUCUAGUUUCUUGCAAGGCAUCACUAGUCCCCCUCCCUUCCUUCUCUUGCCCCUUACUCAAAUACAUCUACUUCUUCCACCUGCUUAUAUACCAACACUUCCAUCUCAACUCACAACCACCUUUGUCAGACUAUACCGCUACAGAUCAGAAGAGAAGGGUUUCUACAUGGAAAUCAAGGUUGAAGAUGAGGAAUUCCAGAUUCCUAAUGGCCAGAAAGUCCCUCUCCUGCAAGACAUGGCCAUGCCCCGAGCGGAAGAGAAGACUCUGAUACAGAAGGCCAUUAGCCAGACAUUCCAGAGCACAGCUCAUUUAGCCAAUCUUUUGCCCACCGGAACUGUUCUUGCUUUCCAGAUUCUGUCACCCAUUUUUUCAAACCAAGGGGACUGUGAUCCUGUCAGCCGAUUCAUGACUGCAGCUCUCGUAGCCUUUUGUGGGGUGUCGUGUUUUCUAGCGUGCUUCACUGACAGCAUCAGGGACAAGGACAGAAAUGUUUGUUAUGGGUUGGCCACAUUCCGGGGCUUGUGGGUUAUUGAUGGAUCAGCUACCAUCACACCUGAACUUGCGGCAAAAUAUCGGUUGAGGUUUAUCGAUUUCAUGCAUGCCUUCAUGUCAAUACUAGUCUUUGCAGCCAUUACACUGUUUGAUGAGAAUGUGGUGCAGUGCUUCUACCCAACACCAUCAGAUGAAACCAAGGAGCUCCUCGCAGCACUCCCAGUUGGGAUUGGAGUCAUCUGCAGUAUGUUGUUUGUUGUGUUCCCCACCCAGCGCCAUGGAAUUGGCUUCCCCCUCUCUGCGAACUAACAUUUCCUCUUUGUUUUCCUCAUUUAUUCGUAUUUCAAUCUUCUCACAGUCGUAUGCUCUAUUUAUUCUAACUAUUUCCUUUGCGUACUCUUAUGAAAAUUUGAUUGACAGUAAAGCCUCUUUUGACGCAGCUGUAGUUUCCAGAAGUUCUCUGUAAAAUUCUGCACACAGAAGAUUGUUAUUCAAAAAAUAUGUAUGUAUAAAAAAAUUAUAUUAGAAAUCUGAUUGUGUGACUACUUUUCUGAA